AAGACCCUCGCUUCCUCGCUUCUCCCUCUUCUCCUCUGAAAAGUCAUUAACAAAAAGAGAGAGAGAUUGGAAUCCCCCUUCAAAUUCUCAAACCCCCAUAUGUAAGGAUUCUCCUUUCAAUUUCUCAAACACCCAUUUCCUCUCUCUCUCUCUCUCUCUCUCUCUCUCUCUCUCUCCUUUGAAAAGUCAGCAACAAAAAUAAGAAGGGAAAGAAAUCCCAAAAGAAAGAGAGAUAAAUUCCCCUCUUGAACUUCUCAAACACCCAUCUCUCUCUCUCUCUCUCUCUCUCUCUCUCUCUCUAUGAAUUCAAGUGCUGAAGCAUCCGGAGGGGCCGGAUCGGCGGAUACGCCAGCACCCAGAAGGAAUUCCAAGAGACCCAAAUACUCAAGGUUUACUCAACAGGAGCUUCCAGCUUGCAAGCCAAUUCUCACACCACAAUGGGUGAUAUCCGCAUUCACGCUCAUCAGCAUUGUUUUCAUUCCCAUCGGCGUUGCUUCCUUGCUUGCUUCUCGGGAUGUAGUUGAAAUCAUUGAUCGGUAUGAGACUGAAUGCUUGCCGCCAGCAUCAAGGAAUACGAAGGAUGACAAGCUUGCUUACAUCCAGAAUGCAGCCACAAACAAAUCCUGCACCAGAAGUUUAACAGUGCCGAAGCAUAUGAAGUCUCCCAUUUAUGUGUAUUAUCAGCUCGAUAACUUCUAUCAGAACCAUCGUAGAUACGUCAAGAGCCGAAAUGAUGAGCAAUUGAGGAAGGCUGGUAAAGAGAAUUCCACGAGCUCUUGUGAUCCCGAGGACUCUGCAAAUGGAUCUCCAAUUGUUCCUUGUGGUCUUAUAGCUUGGAGUUUGUUCAAUGACACAUACAACUUCACCCGCAACAACCAGGCAUUGACAGUGAACAAGACGGAUAUCUCCUGGAAGAGCGACAGGGAACGCAAGUUUGGCGAUAAUGUCUUUCCUAAAAACUUCCAGAAUGGAACUCUGAUUGGCGGUGGAAAGCUAGAUCCAAGCUUACCGUUGAGUAAGCAAGAGAACCUCAUUGUUUGGAUGCGAACCGCUGCCCUCCCGACAUUUAGGAAGCUGUAUGGGAAGAUAGAGGUAGACCUUCAAGCGAAUGAAGUCAUAACGGUCAUGUUGGAGAACAACUACAACACAUACAGUUUCAGUGGAAAGAAGAAGUUGGUGCUUUCUACCACAAGCUGGCUGGGGGGGAAGAAUGACUUCCUUGGCAUCGCAUAUCUCACAGUUGGUGGGGUAUGCUUCUUUCUUGCGAUGGCAUUCACGGUUGUAUAUCUGGUCAAGCCAAGGCGUCUUGGGGACCCUUCAUAUCUAUCGUGGAACAGAAAUCCUUCAGGGCAUUGAAUUUUUAGGAGAUUUCUUUUGCAGUGUGAAUGACAAUGGCUUGCCAGUUCUGUGCAUUUUGGUGUAUGUAAUUCACAGAUAUACACACAUACAAACACGAUCUGAUAUGUGAAUUUAUAGCUAGCUUCAAGGCAUACGAGUCCUUGGGAGUUUGAUUUUGUGAGAGUAAGAAAUUGAUAAAAUUCAUGUAUAAUUUCAGAAAAGAUAAUUUAUAGUAUUCAUGCAAUGUGAAAAGCUGUUAUUUUACAGA